AUGUCGUUUGCAUUUGGAUUCACUCAAGAUGAUUUCAGCGAUGAUGAUGAGUUGAUAAAUAAUGGUAUCGCUUCACAACAAGGGACAGCACCAACUACAACUGCCAAUUCUACCAGUACCACCACCGCAUUGGAUAAAUUAUCUGAAACCAUUGAUCAAAAGAACUUACCCAAGACACAUUCCCUAGACUCGAUAUUACAAACAUUAGUCGAUGUCAGAUUAUCAUUCGAUCAAUAUAUCACUCCAAGAGGUGGCAAUAUUGUCUAUAGACGAGAAUUAUUCGAUGUCAAACAUCAAAUCAUGACUGAAGAUCAUCAACAAGAUCACGCUAAUGGUGGAGAAAUCAUCGUUAAUGAUAUUUUAAUUGAUGAAAAUUCAAGUGAUUUACAAAAGAAUGUGUAUGAAGGAGGAUUUAAAAGUUGGGAAUGUUCUUAUGAUAGUAUUGAUAAAAUAAAUCAAUUAAUCACUAAUGAAGAUUUACUUAAUAAAUUUGAUAGUUAUUUAGAUUUAGGAUGUGGAACUUCAUUACCUUCAAGUUUUUUAUUCUCCCAAUUAAUAACGAAUGGAACACAAUUACAAAAUAAGCAUAAAAAGACGAUAAUAUUAUCUGAUUUUAAUUAUGAUGUGCUAAGAUUAGUUAGUUUACCAAAUUUAAUCAUUCAAUGGGCAGUAACUAAUUCUAAUGAGACAUUGAUUAGUUCUGAAGAAGGAGAAAAACAAUUAUUAAUAACUGAAUCAUUAAUAAAUCAAUUCAAAUCAGAUUUAUUGAACUUUGAUAUUGAAUUGGUGUUUGUAUCGGGAUCAUGGGGAAAGCAAUUUAAUCAAGUUAUUAAACCAUAUAAUAUUGAUUUCAUAGUCAGUUCAGAAACAAUUUAUUCGUUAGACACAUUACCAAUAGUUGCGGAAACUCUAAUUGAAUUAUUACAAUAUCAAGAAACCACUAAUAUUAUAAAACAUAGACAAAGUUUAAUUGCUGCUAAAAAUAUUUAUUUUGGGGUUGGAGGUUCAGUGAUUGAAUUUAUGAAUUAUUUACAAAACUUAAUCCAUAAUGAUAAGCAUAAUACAAUUUCAACUAACACAGAAGAGAUUAAUGAAUCACAAUUAAGACGUUCAAUUAUUAUGAUAACGAAUAGAAUAGAUUAA